AUGAACGAGCACUCAAUCGACAUUGCCGGCUGCUCUGUUCUCAUAGGGGACUGUGAAAAUCGAGUUUCCAUCGUGAAGAUUUAUGAAUUACCGGAUGAGCUGCCUGACUCUGUCGUAAUUGGCCGUCUGUCCCAUUACGGUAGAGUUAUUUCUUUUCGCAGCGACCACGUGGCCGACACCAUCUUGAAUGGCGUUCGCAUCGCGCGAAUGUUCAUCGACCGCCCAUUCCUCUCAAACGUUCAUCGCUGGCGAGUUCGCCCGCCUCUGGUAUCCUUCGCAGCCCAAGACGUGUUGGAAGUGCGGCUCGAAGACCACCCAGCGGCUGUGUGCAAGUCACAGUGUUGCUACAAUGCGAGCGGCCCGCCAUCGCGCUGA